GAAUGUUUGUCCCGAAACAAACACGUGUGCAAGGCCCUCUUUAUAUCACGUCUCAUUUGAAUGUCUAAUUGUCAGACAUGCCAGGACACUGGGAAGAACUGGCGGGAAUAUUUUAUGUGGGAGAGAAGAAGUCUGAGACAAAGAAUAUCUGUUUUCUAUCUCGCCAGUUUUUAAGUGACUGGCGAUACCUGAGGAUGGGUGAGGAGGCAGACAGCAUGGUGCCCUGUGAUCCAAAUGACUGCUCACCUGGGAAGGAUGAUGCUGCUGAUGCUGAUGAUCAUACUGGAAGUGCUACAGGCAUCAAAGGCAGGCCGAUGGAGCUUUACCAGGCACCCCUACAGGAGUAUAGUGAAGAAUUUGUCCAGGAUAUUGAGGCAAUGAGGGCCAUGGGCCUGCCCCUUUCAUUCACCAACCGCCAAGCAAUUGAUAUUGAUGAGGAGGAAUGGGUGGCCACUGCCAGUGAGGCCCCGCCUCCAGCACCUGCUGCUGUGACAUCACACCAUGUAUCUGUGACAUCACUGGAGAUGGACGCGUGUGUGACGUCACCCCGCUCGGCGGUGUCGGGCUCCUCGGAGGUGACGGAUCAGACGGAGGAGAGCGUCCCAUCGCCGGGCGGCCUGGAGUGGCUGCGGUGCGACUACGGCGGUGGUCGGGGCGAGCCUAGUCUAGAGUGGCAGGUGUGUGAGCCGCGGCCCGGCUCUGCCGAUCUCCAGCGCGACUGGGAGCAGCACUGGGCCGCCUGUGGCGAGGCCGAGGUACUCCGCACGUGGACGGAAAAGUACCGCGACUAUAUCGACCCUGCCUACCUGGAGGGCACUCAGGACACUGCCGGUCACGACUCCGCUGCCGUUGCCGACUCCGCUGCCGCCAGUUCUACUGACACAGCGGAUCCCACAACAGGCCGGGACGUCAGCUCGGGUGUGAUCGAGGAUCGACUGUCCAGCACCGAGCGAACCUCGGGUGCCGUGUCCGAGGAUCAGGUCGGUGUGCCAGCCUCGACCUCUGAUGAACCGCAUUCAACGUCAGGCUUGGGCGAUGGACAGGACGGAACCAAACCCACUUCUGGUCCCAGUCUGUCUACAGCUGAAGACUGUCAGGAGGGCGAUCAGGCAGACGUCGAGAAUGAGUCUGGUCCUGACGCCGUAAAGAGUGGACCACAGCAGUUUAACUGGGAUGAGUUGUGGCAACAGCACUAUCAGGAGGUUUACAACCAGAUGAUGGCGUCUUUCACCGAUCGCUGGGGCAAAGAGACGGAGACGACGGGGGUAGAGACGGCGGGGAACGAGGCGGAUGCUGGGUCGGGCACAGACCCAAAGAACGGAGUGGAUGACGUGAAGGACGGAGUGAGUGUGCAAAAGAUGCCGCAGGAUGGAACGACGAACGAUGCGGCAGUGGAAAAUACCGGACAGCAGGAAAAGGAGCUGAAGAAGAAAAAGAACAUGUCUUCUAGAAAGGCCAAGGAGAUGAAGCUGAACAGUGUGGGCGCCCUGCUGCAGCAGCUGGCAUCUGAACCUGAGCCCCAACAGCAGCAGGAUCCGACCGUCACGGCAGAUUCUGACGUCAUUGGGAAAGAAGUAAAUGGCACUACGGUCCAACCGGGGGAUGAUGCCGCGGCGCGACCGGAAAAAGAAAAGGAGGACGGCAGAGCAAGAGAGGACCAAGAGGAAGAGGAGGAGGAACCGACGCUCUCUGGACCAGGAACGCUGUCACACGCCGAAGGUGCCCUGACCAUGCUGGGAUUCUGUCACGCUCCGCCCGCUGAUGACGACACAAGACCAAAGGCCGCACACGUCAUCUACCGACAGAAGCGACUGAAGCAGAAGACCCGCUCGCUGAAUAUGACCAAAACGGCCUUCAAACAUGAUGAUCUCUUGAAGCGGACACAGAACCUGUUGAAGAGGUUUCAAGAUGACGCCGCGCCGGCUGCCGAACCGACCUCAGAGUCACCCACUGCCGACCAACCGUCCGGCCUUCCAAAUGGGACAUCGAACACGGAUUCGAACACCUCCGGUCCAUCCACUGAUGUCUCAGAGUCACCUGCUGCGGUCUCCGCUGUCUCCCCGACUCCGGAGACAGCCGGAGACACAACCACCCCCACCCCUGCCCCCGCCUCUGCCAGUGAUAGUCGACGAUCGGCCCCCUCCCGGGACAGAGGCCGGGGUAGGGGCGGGAGGAGAGCGGGCUCCAAACGCUCUCGCCCGGCCCAGCCGAUGCCAGAAGAGAUGAGAACGUCGACCGAACUGCAGAAGUACUGGUAUCAGCGCUACCGGCUCUUCUCCAGAUUUGACGAGGGUAUUCGUCUGAGCGGUGCCAGCUGGUUCUCGGUGACCCCCGAACAGAUCGCUCGGCACCUGGCCGACCGGUGUCGCGCGGACGUCAUCGUCGACGCGUUCUGCGGCGCCGGCGGCAACGCCAUCCAGUUCGCCAACACGUGCGAGAGAGUAAUCGCCGUGGACAUAGAUCCAGAACAGCUGGCGCUGGCCCGGCAUAACGCCGGCGUCUAUGGAGUUCAGGACAGAAUCGAGUUUGUACUGGGCGACUUUUUCCAGCUGGCGCCGCGACUCCGGGCCGACGCGGUGUUCCUGUCGCCGCCCUGGGGAGGUCCGCUGUACUGUGACGCGCCCGUGUACGAUAUGUUCCGUCUGGACGGCACCGUGGACGGACGGCAGAUGAUGCGUGCCGCCCGCGCCAUCUCAGAAAACAUCGCCGUGCUGGCCCCGCGCAACGCUAACGUACAUCAGCUAACGGAGCUGGCCGGGCCUGGCGGUCAGGUAGAAAUCGAGCAAAACCUGCUCAACGGAAAAAUCAAGACCAUCACCGCCUACUAUGGCGAUCUGAUAGCCUGCGGCGGAGAAAACAUGGGAGACUUCCUGGAUGUAAUCGACGCGGAGGCCUCUGACUGGCUUCGGAGCCAGGCGGCGGAAUCUGCCACUGCGGUGAAAAAAAGCGCGACCAGCUUCGCCCGGGGAUCCUGA